AUGGCCAAUAAGUCAAAUAAAAGUGCUGUUGUCAUAAUACCACCCAAGAGUGUAUGGGAGCAAAUUCAAAAUAUAAGAAGUAAAUUUGAUAAGGCUUAUGACAGAUGGAUGCCCCAUAUCAACUUAAUCUAUCCAUUUGCUCCUGAUUCUGAAUUCUCAAAUUUACUGCCAAGAUUGAAAGACCAAUUACAAAAUGUUGCACCUUUUACUGUUGUUUUUACUAAAGAUUCCAUUGGAUACUUUGAACAUGGACAGAGGUGUGGAUUAUGGUUAAAACCUUUGAUACAUUCCCAGCAGUACAGUAGGCCUACAGAUUCUAAUCAUCUUCAGCAACUGUUUCCUAACUUUAAUGACUUAAAUGUUAUCAAUGAAAAAGGAUUUCAACCACAUUUGACUUUAGGUCAAUUCAAGCACAAUGAAAUUCAAAGAGUAGUAAAUGAUUUAAAACAAAACUGGAAACCAGUAAAUUUUAAAGUAGAUGAGAUUUUUCUAAUAAGUAGGAAAGGCUUUUCAGAUCCUUUUGAAAUAAGAGAUUCUGUUGCAUUAGGAAAUUGA